AUGGGAAUCGACCUAUCUUCAAGGCCGUGCUAUCGUUGUCCACAACCCCAGCCUAUAUGGCUUUCCCCCUGGGAUGCCUAUGAACAAUCCGAGUCCUCGUGUCCAGAGAUACGGUGUAUCUAUGUGGCAUCAGCUACAUUGUCUAGUGUGUGA